AUGACAUUGGUCAGCUGCAAAUUGCGCCGCUUGCUGGAUUCCGGCGACUGUGUGGUCAGGCAGUUAGCAGUUUGUGAAAGCCAUCACCAAUUGCAGAUAAAGAACCGCAAAUUUGUUGCUGCUAAAUUUGCUGUGGACUCGUCCCUCAAAGAUAUUGAACGCUCUAUACUGCAACAAGUGGAGAACGUUGACCUUGACACUCUUCAGCAAAGGACUGUCCAAGGAUCCUUCUUUAGGUCUGAUUUCGACCAACAACAGAGCUGGUCAAGAGUGAUAGGUCAUCUUCCUGAUGCGAUUUUCAAAUGGUCAGUCAAUGCCAUCGUAGACACCUUACCUCACAACGCUAAUUUGUUUCGAUGGAGGAAAUCCGCUACUGAUCGUUGUCCCCUUUGUUCAGGUAGGCAGACGUUGCUUCACGUUCUUAACCACUGCCCAAUUGCUCUAAAUCAGGGUCGGUUCACUUGGCGGCACAAUGAAGUGCUCUCUCUUAUUAGAGACUUUCUAGACCAGCACCUCUUGCCCAACUUUGAGCUUGAAUGCGAUCUUCAGAACUGCUGCUACGGGUUCUUGCUUCGGACCUUCUUCUCCACUCUCCGUCCUGAUAUAUGUAUCUUUAACAAAGAGGAAAAGCGCAUAGUACUAAUGGAACUUACUGUACCUUUUGACGAACUAAUGACUGCAGCGGCACACAGGAAAAGCACCAAAUACAGAGAUCUCGUUUACAACAUCCAAGAUGCAGGCUAUCAUGUUUCGCUUGUGACAGUAGAAGUCGGUUCUAGAGGCGUUGUUUCUGACUCUUUUUUCACUUUCAUCAAUGACUGGACAAGUACCAAGGGUCAUGAAUCGUCGUCUCUUUUCGAUUCUAUACGUCGUAAAGUAAUCUGCUCUUCCUACGCCAUCUGGUCAAGAAGGAACAGUGACUCGUGGUUUUAA